AUGUUGGUGCAGAUCAGUGCAGUGUGAAGUGAGUGUUUUGGAGCGCUGGUUGCGUUGAAUUCAGAUAUGAAGAGAGUGUUGUUGCUCCUUAUUUUUGCUGUCAAUAAUGUGGCAGUUACAUCGUAUAUAUUUGAAACGCCAGAAGUAGCAAGACAAGAUAUAGGAACCGAUGCUGUCAGAGACGAGCGAGCUGAUCCACUUGGAGAUCGGGCUGAAUUUCUCUUUGAUGGUCCAUCUGGUGAGGGUCCGAGCGAAGCUUCAGGAGUUUCCCCGCCGGACGACGACGAGGUCAUUGUUACUUGUGGACAAAACGAGAUGUCCAUCAGCAUUCCAAAGAGCGUUCUUAAUGGCCUGGACGUGGAACAUAUUCGUCUUACUAAUGAAAGCUGUGGAGCUACAGAGAAUCCAGCUCGCGACCGCUAUAUUCUUGAGACGGACCUGACAGCAUGUGGUACAACAAAAAGCCACAUCGAGGAUUUCGUGACUUACAUGAAUACCGUGGAGGAGAUUCCCGUGGAGGAUGAUCAGAUAAUCACUCGUGUCCGUGAAGUGGAGAUACCUUUCACCUGCGCUUACUCAGAUACGGGAGUCGUGUCCGCCGUUGGUCUGCAAGUGGAGAGCAAAAAAAUUGUUUUCUCCGAGAAAGGAUUGGGAGAGUUCGUACUGGAGAUGAAUAUUUUCCCAGAUGAUUCAUAUGAACGUCAAUACACAAAGCGAGAUUUUCCAGUAACCGUGCCGUUGAGGAAAAUUUUGUUCGUGCAAGUGAGCGUGGACACAGAGGAUUCGCGGCUUGCGAUUUUAGCAGAAACGUGUUUUGCCACACCCGAUGCCAAUCCCAAUAAACCUGGAUUGAAAUACGUAUUCAUCAAAGAUGGAUGUUCCGAAGACGACACCUUGGAGCGCAGGCAAUCAAAUGAUAAAAGAAGGGAAAGGUUUAGCCUGGAAGCGUUCAAGUUCCUGGGUAAUAAUCCGUUUGUUUACAUGCACUGCAAGGUCAAGGUAUGUGACGCAGACGAUCCCAACUCACGCUGCGCACAAGGCUGUCUGCGUAACUCAAGGCGAAGGAGGUCGCUGUACACUCAGGAAACGAAUGAUGAGGAGUAUCUAUUGGCCCAGGGACCUUUCAUGCGGGGAGCAGAGAAAAGCGAUGAAACAGAGUCCCAGGUGGACAUCGAACUGCAUGAGAUUGAAAACAGCAGUCAAUUCACCCCUCUUGUUGCCGCUAUGGCUGUUUUUGCUGCUGUCUGUGUUAUGGGUGUGUCGUACUUCGCCUGGAACUUGAAGAGGAAGCGCGGAGUUGUUCGCAGUUAUCAGCUCCUCAGUACCACUCCUGACGAGUGACAACUUCGACUGGGAGGAGCCAUAAAGUCGAGAUUAAUACCUUCAUUAAGAAUUUUUAUAACCGCUACACUACUUUGACUUUUUAAAUUCAAUUAGUUUGUAUCAAGGAGCAUUUUUUUUUAAGAAGAAAAGAACGAGAAAUCUCAUGUGCGCGACGUUAGAAUAUUGCCAGUAGGAGUGAAUGAAUUUUACCUUUUCGUGUUAUAAAGUAGUUUGCUUUAUAAGAACUAAGGUUAUGUUAUUCUUUCAGAAUUUAAUCACCACACAGCAAACCGAAAAGUUUGGCUGAUCAUUAUGUCACUUAGCACGUUAUACCAUGUUUUUAAAUAGGUGAUAGUAACAUGAGUUUCUUAUGAAAUAAAUCAGGCUCAACCUGCUGA